CCAUCACCUGCCAACGACUUCGUUACGUCUAAUGCAACACUUGUAGAAGCGAGACUACAUACCUAUUCCCAAUAUCUCGAUGUCCAACAACGAAUCCACGACUACCAGAGCCGACGAAGCCAAGGCCAAGCGUGAUGCCGAUAAUGUCUCGGUGUGCUCUCAUUCAAGCUCGAGGUCCAGCGCGAGCUCGCGGAGUGCUUCGUCAUCGACGUCUUCGUCGAUGGUGUCGGCAUCUUGCAAGUCCAGUGCCAGUGCAAGCCGACGAGGUGGAGCAUCGAUAGUGUCGUCUCGAAGUCGAUCGUCCUUAUCUACAGGUGUGGGACGCAUGAGUAACGUUAUGUCAACCAGGCUGAUUUGAUGUCUUCAUCACAAGCAACGUCCAUUCAAGAAUUGGAGGUGCGAAAGCUGGAGAUUGAGGCGCAGCUGAGGGAAGUGGAAUCAGCUCUCGAACAGAAGCAGUCCAUUGGGGCCACUCAGGUUCGCCGCCCGUUUGCAUUGCUGCCACGAUCCAGGUAGUUAGGUCGACAAGUAUAUACUGUCGAGCCUACUUGGUGAAAAACAACUAAACGCAAUAGACCAUUGUAUUGUUCAUGACUACCCCGA